AUGGCCGACAGCAGUAUCUCAAGCUUCAAGGCGGCUGACCUCGUGGUCCAGCUCUCCCCUGCUCCCAAGUCCAAACCCGCUGAGGUGGACUUCGGAAGCGUGUUCACCGACCACAUGCUGACCGUGGAGUGGAGUCUGACGGAGGGCUGGCAGGCGCCGCUCAUCCGGCCGUUCGGCAACCUGUCGCUGCACCCGGCCUGCUCGUCGCUGCACUACGGCAUCCAGCUGUUUGAAGGUUUGAAGGUGUACCGCGGAGACGACGGCCGAUUGCGCCUCUUCAGACCGACGCUCAACAUGAAGCGCAUGGCGAGCUCCGCCAAGAGAGCCUGUCUGCCUGCCUUCGAUCAGUCAGAGCUGCUGGAGUGUAUCAGGAGGCUCGUUGAGAUCGAGCAGGACUGGGUCCCUCACUCAAACUCAGCCAGUCUGUACAUCAGACCGACCUUUAUCGGCACCGAGCCCUCGCUGGGCGUGAAAAAGCCGGCCCGCGCCUUGCUGUAUGUGAUUUUGUGUCAAGCCGGUUCCUACUUUGACACCAAGAACGAAGCUGUGUCGCUCUGGGCCGAUCCAAAGUACACACGGGCCUGGAAAGGAGGAAGUGGAGACUGCAAGAUGGGAGGGAAUUACGGAUGUUCCCUGUUCGCCCAAUAUGAAGCAGAGGAUUAUGGGUGCCAGCAGGUGCUGUGGCUGUACGGAGACGACCAGCAGAUCACUGAAGCAGGAACCAUGAACAUUUUCCUGCACUGGAUCAAUGAAGACGGAGAGGAGGAGCUUGCAACUCCACCUCUGGAUGGGAUCAUUCUUCCAGGUGUAACACGACAAAGCAUCUUGGAUAUCACUAGAGAAUGGAAUGAGUUUCUGGUGUCUGAGCGCUACCUCACCAUGGCCCAGCUGUGCUCGGCUCUCAGACAGCAGCGAGUCAGAGAGAUGUUUGGGUCCGGCACUGCCGCCAUGAUCUGCCCCAUAGGACACAUUUUCUACCAAGGAGAGAAUUUGCAUGUACCCUGUCAGGAUCAACAGAUCACUUCACGACUGGCAAAGGAGCUCACAGAUAUACAGCGCGGCCGGACGCCCAGCGACUGGACUUACCUGGUGUAGCGGUGCAUAAGGACGCCGG